UCUCGUUGAGAACGCAACCACCGCUCUAUAUCUCGAUCCCGAACUAUAUAAAUCGCCCCUCGGACGAACACGCACGAUCUCUCGAUAUAUCGAUCUCGAUCUGUACCGGAAAUUAAAACUUAAUCGCACACUUUAAAAAUGGCCGCCAACUACAAGAGUUGCCCGCUGAAGAAGCGCCCAAUUGUCUUCGUGGAGGAGCGUCUGCCGCAAACGGAGGCCUUGGCUCUGACCAAGGACUCGCUGUUUUCCGAAGAUCAGCCGCAGGAUCUCUCUUUGAAGAGAUGUCGCGAAGAGGAGACUCAGGAUUACCAGCAGCCCGAACCGAAACGUGACUAUGUGUUGAAUCUCUCCAAGACACCGGAAAGGAUCUCUAACUCAAACUCCUGCCUGCUGUCGCCGCCAGCUGAAUCUCAGGAUUACCAGCCCACCGACAUCCAUAUGCGUGGACUCACCGCAGGAACUACGGGUUAUACCACUGUUAGCCCCGCCACGGUUAAUCCCUUCCAGUCCGCCUUUGUGAUGGCUGCCGGAUGCAAUCCCAUCUCUGCUCUGUGGAGCAGCUAUCAGCCCCAUUUGGCUGCCUUUCCCUCGCCAGCCAGCUCAUUGGCAUCACCUCAGUCGGUCUACAGCUACCAGCACAUGACACCGCCCUCCAGCCCAGGAUCCGAUGUUGAAACCGGCUCCGAACCAGAGGAUCUGUCCGUGAGGAAUGACAUCCCACUGCCGGCUCUGUUCCAUCUCUUUGAUGAGGCCAAGUCCAGCAGUAGCGGUGCUAGUGUAAGCAGCUCAUCCGGAUAUUCCUACACUCCGGCCAUGAAUGCCUCGUCUACGAAUGUUGCUGCAAACCAUGCCAAGAACUAUCGCUUCAAGUGCGACGAAUGCCAGAAGAUGUACUCCACCUCGAUGGGCCUGUCCAAGCAUCGCCAGUUCCACUGCCCAGCUGCCGAGUGCAACCAGGAGAAGAAGACGCACUCUUGCGAGGAGUGUGGCAAGCUGUACACCACCAUUGGAGCUCUGAAGAUGCACAUUCGCACCCACACUCUGCCCUGCAAGUGCCCCAUCUGUGGCAAGGCCUUCUCCCGACCAUGGUUGCUCCAGGGACACAUCCGCACCCAUACAGGGGAGAAGCCAUUCCAGUGCAACGACUGCCCACGAUCAUUUGCCGACCGCUCGAACCUGCGAGCCCAUCAGCAGACCCACGUGGACGUCAAGAAGUACGCCUGCCAGGUGUGCCACAAAUCCUUCUCGAGGAUGUCGCUCCUGAACAAGCACUCCAGCUCCAACUGCACUAUCACCAUUGCGUAGGAUUCUCAAAUCUAGAAUCCUUUGGCAAGACUUAACAUACAAAUCCUCACAUUCCGCUGGCGAAGACCAAACAAACAGACAAUAAUUAAGAUUAGCUUGUACUAAGUCGAUUCGGUUUUGGUGCUAUUAUUAAUAUAUUUAUUUCAGUUCUAGUACUCAUAGCCUAAGUUCAUGUACAUUCCUUCAUUGUCGCAGCAUUUGACCAAAUUUAUUCAUUUAAUUAUUAUUCUAAUUUAUAUAUUCUCAAUAUUGUUAGGACAACUGUUGUUAAGAUUAUUUCUAGUUUUAAGAUAAUGAAUAUUUUUAUAAAAUAAA